GAGAAACUUCCCCUCCAUCCGGCGCCAGCGCAUCUCCGUUCCCAAAGCAGUCGAGUUUUCUCCGAUGCAGACCUGAGCAGUGAGCGCCGCUGACUGGGGGCUGCUUCCUGAGCAUUCGACGCUUCACAAUUGCGUUCUCUCCACAUUGUUACCGCCACGUCUGCUGCUCUACUCACGCUGCGCCUCGGACGCUUGAGGCGAGCGUCGAAGGGUGUUGAGCUUCAGCUCUCGAAUAAUGUGUGUCUUUGGAGAGCACAGUAACGCCCAUCCUUUCUCGGUGCUCAGAAGAUGCUCAGAAAGGCUCAAGCGGAGGCUUGGCAUUCAAGUAGUUUGUUGUCUCGCUGUGUCUGAGCCUCGGUUGACCUGACGCACUAGACUUUGCCCGCACGCUGAAGUGCGAUCUCCUAGGUCAUGUCUUGUCUAAGCGGAUCUGAGAGGCAACAGAGCCACUUAGAAACGUCUGGCGAAGAGGCGUCCAGGCUCGACUGGCCCUGCUCAGGACUGGUACCUCAGGCGGCAAAGCGAAUGCCACUUUUAAGCACAUCUCUCGCGUCAUUGGAGCUCAUUAUGAAGAAGUUACAGGCUCAACGAGCUUGGAUCAAAGCGCGGAGCCGACACAUCAGCGCUUUGGAGGCCCAUUCGCAGGACAAUGCGCGACGUGAUAACUGAAGUGCAUUGUUUUUGAUGAGCAAGACGAGUCUCUUCCUCUGCCCACUACCAUCGCCCUCUCUAGCAUGUCCGCCAACCAACUCCAGUCCUCCUCUUUCUCUCCUGCGCGCACCAGGAAGGCCGAGUGGCCACUGUGCGCCCUACAAUCCGCAGUAGCUACCCAACACAGUCACCGGCCCGAAGAUCUGUACAGGCUUCGCUCCCUCCGGCCCAAACCGCGUGCUACCAGUCCAGUUGAGACCCUCGUCGGCCCGCGCAAUUUCACGCUUCCGUUCCACUUCUACAAUCCACCAUCUGCCAAGCGGAUCAUGGCCGCACUGCGGAACCGGCAGUGCCCCAUGUACAUACGCGCGGUUAUGGCUGGCCCACAUGCGAUGUACAUCGUCUGGGGUGGGCAGCAAGGGAUGGAGACGUACAAAGUCAUUGUGCGCAGAAAGGUGCUUGCGACUCCGACGCCUGCCUCCGUGCGCAAACCCCGAGUCCUCCCCGUGCUCGUCCCGACUGCCGCAUCGACUGCUACAUCGAAGGUCGCCCCAGCGCUGGCCCUAGCUCAGUCCCGACAGGCCCUCCUCGAUCUCGUCGCCAACUCGCGGCCUGCAGUCGACGGCGCUCGACGCAAACACCUGCUGGAUACCGAUCUCCACCAGCGCAUUCGCCCCUUGAAAGUUGGGCCCCCAGGCUCGUUUCAGCAUGCAGAAGUCCAGGCGUAUGUGUGGAAACACAGGCCGUCGGGUCUUUCCAACGUGCUUUACGCAGAGGACACAAUCUGCGUCUCGCCGCUCGUGGGCAACACAGACCCCGCUGCCGAAGCAGUGACUGCCUCUGGUUCACUGAAGCCGCAAGUUUGGCAGUUUACCAGAGUUCUGAAGCGGUUGUAUGAUAGCGUCUUCAAUCCACAGGAUGCUGUACAAUCCUCUGAGUCGCAUGACAUCGUGUCGGAGCGGCCGAUGAAGAGGAGGAGAUUGAACUUUUGCUGAGGGACAGCUGGGCCCUCCGAGUAGAAGUACUACGGUUUUCUCCUUUCGGUUUUCCAUGCAUCGUGUAUAUUUCAGUCCCAAUUCUCGAGAUCUUGUCCCGGACUUCUGUAUAACUGUAGCUCUCAGCGCUGUCUAGAUUCGUGCUCGGAUCUUCUAUAGCAGGCCGCUCUGAAUACUUGGAAUCGAC